CGUUGGUCAAAGUAGAAAAACCCAUUUUUGUUGAAAAUUGAGAAGCUCUUCUCUUACUCCACUGUCCAUCCCCAAGAAAUUGCACUCUCCAUCUCCCACUGAAAGAAAAUCAAACACACUUCUCCCCCAACUCUCUAACGAUCGAUCAUCCUUCUCCAAUGCUGAGGGAAAAGUUCUUCACCAACGCUCUGCAGCAACAAAGGGUGUUUAAGUUGUGGGUGUAAUUACUUAAAACUCUUUCUUGUACAACCCAAGGAGUUUGAGCGGGUACGAGUGCUGUUGCGGAUUCAUGUUUAGCUAAGAGGGGCGAAGGUACCAUAGCUACUUGGUUAACUUGCAGGACGGUGCUUAAUUUCCCAGUGCUCAGAAAGCUUGCGUUCAGGCUUCUUUCCCGUCUUAUCAGAAAUAAGGUAAUAUGGAAGAAAAGAGAAGCACUGUAGCGAAGAGGACAAGGGCUCAAACAAAGCAUCAAUUGAAGGAAAUGAUUGAUGAAUACUAUGAGAAGAAGCAGGAGAAGAAAGGGAAAAGUGAGAGAGCCCAUGACUCUCAUGAAAUGAACGCUACUGAGGGGAAAAAGAGGGAAGAAUUGGAGUCAGGUAUAGUCACAAGAAAUUUCGAAGAAAUGGUUAGAAUUAGCAGCAGUAGCAAUGAUGAAGAGCAAGAGGGGGAAAAUGUGAACCGGAAGAUGUUCAAUAGAAAGAGGAAGCGAACUGUUAAAAAGAUCUUCUAUGAUGAUGAGAGUAGUGGAAGUGAUGUUAAGAUUUUGGGGGAAGAGGAAGUGGUGGAAGAAGUGAACUGGAAGGAAUUUAAUAGGAUGAGGAGGAGGAGGAGGAGGAGAGACACUGUUUACAAGGGUAAGAAUUAUGAUGGGGAAACUGGAAGUAGUGUUAAGAUUUCGCAGGAACAGGGAAAGGGUGAAGAAGUGAUUGCAAAUAAAAUGAACAAAAGGAGGAAAACUGUUGCUAAGGGUAAGAAUGACUGUGAUGAUGGUGAUGGGGGAAGUGGAAGCGAUGUCGUGUUUGUGACUGAAGAAGAUGUCCCUCCAAACUUGAGAUGUAAUUAUGUAAAGGGUAGGAAGCAGUUUUCAUCUAGAGGAAAGAGGGGUAGUAGUGAUGGAAAUACAAGAAGUGAAAGGGUGAACAUGGAGAGUGAACCUUUAGGGAAUGGAGCUCAGGACAAGGGAAAGGGUCUUCUGAUUGACAAUCUUAAUACACUCGACUCUAAAUCCUCUAGCUCUGAAGAGGAUGCUGAUGAUUCUGAUAGAGACUAUAGCGAGGAAGAAUCAAGGAGCUCUAGUACGCAAUCACACCAUUGGGGUUAUUGUAGUGAGGAUAAACUUGAAGGAGGGAUAGGCAAAGAUGAUGGCUUCAUUCAACUCCCAAGUCCAAAGUCCAGAAAACAGGAACCGGGACUUGGAACAUUAAGAAAGUGCCACCUUCAUGUUUUUGACAGCGAAAGUUUUGAUUCUUCAAGUGAGGAUUCUGAUUCAUCAGAUCAGGUGCCAAAGAAGAAAAAGGAAGGUAGUAGGAUAACUAAGCCCUCGAAGAGAAGAGAAAGAGAUGUGGAUUACAUGAAUAUUCUUCUGGGGUCCAUGGUGAAGGAUGAUGAGCAGACAAAGGAAAAUCCAUUUGGUUUUGAAGACAAUGGUCCUACUCAUACACUGCCGUUAAAAUUCAGAUUUGAUGAUGAGGAUCCUGCCCCACCCGAGAAAGAAGACUGGCAGAAAGAAAUUGAUGAUCUUUUUACUGAGAUGGAAAUGUGCCUCACAUUACCUGCUUCUGACUUUACUGAAUCAUCCAAGGAUGGCACUCAUCAUGUCACUGCAACGGCCAAGUGCCAAGCAGAAUUAUGUCGGUCAGGGAAACAUCAGCUGAUUCUUGAAGAACCAAUUGGAAUCAUAUGCAAAUGUUGUCAAAUUGUCCAUAAGGAGAUGAAGGAGAUUUUUCCUACUCUGAAAAUGGAAACUCCACGAAGACGGGAUUGGGUUGACCUUCGCAGAGGUGAUUGCUUUGGUAUGCAUGAGCUUCAUUUUGAUGACUCAAGCUUUGGAAACUAUUAUACCUCCAUUGACGCUGAAGGCUCUGUCCUGGAUCUUAUUCCAGAACAUAUUAGGAUGUCAAUGUAUAGUCAUCAGCUGGAUGGAUUUGUCUUCUUGUGGAAAAACAUAGUAGGAGAAACCUGUAUUGAGAAGCUGAAAACUGAACUGUCUGAUGAUGGAAGAGGAGCCAUAAUAUCACAUGCCCCUGGCACCGGGAAGACCUGCCUGACAAUUGUUUUUAUUCUGUCAUUGUUGAAAAUGUAUCCAAUGUGCCGACCCGUGAUUAUAGCCCCUACAAGCAUGCUGCUUACCUGGGAAAAUGAGUUCCGAAAAUGGGGACAUAGAAUUCCUUUUCAUAACUUUAAUAGCAAGGAUUUGUCGGGAAAUGAACUCAAAACUGAUGCAGAAUUUCUUCGGAGAGUAGGAAGUCGAAUGACAAAGCUCUACUCGUGGACAAAGGAGAAAAGUGUUCUAGGAAUCAGCUACAAGUUGUUUGAGCAGAUUGCUAGUGGACGGAAGGGAAAAGGAAGUGGUGAAAGGCUUGGGGAAAUCUUUCUUCAACUGCCUGGAUUUGUGGUUCUUGACGAAGGGCACACACCUCGCAAUCAACAGAGUCUUGUCUGGAAGGUUUUGACAGGAGUUAAGACAAAAAGAAAGAUAAUUCUCUCUGGAACUCCUUUUCAGAAUAACUUUGACGAGUUGUAUAAUACCCUUUGCCUGGUAAACCCAAAGCUUUCUGGAUCAGUGACCUUUGAGAGUUGCAGCAGAAGAUGGCAGCGGAAGAGCAAUGUGGAGAAAGAGAGAUGGGUUUCCUUGACCAAUGCCAUUGACAAGAACUCUGACAAUGCUGUAGAGGAGCUCAAAGCUCUGAUAGAUCCCUUUGUACAUGUACACAAAGGUUCUAUACUAGAAGAGAGUCUCCCUGGUCUGAAGGACACACUUGUUAUUUUGCGGCCAACUGAUGAGCAGAAGGAAAUUCUUCAGCUUAUAUUGGAUGAUUGGAGCAGGUUUGACCAAGUACAUUUGGUGUCACUCAUUUCUGUCCACCCCUCAUUAGCUGCUUUCAGUAAACGCUUCUCUGCCCACAAAGACAGACUAGGGGUACUUGGAUGCAGUCCUUAUGCUGGAGUAAAGACGAAAUUUGCCAUUGAGCUCAUCCGUUUAUGUGAUGCAUCACAUGAGAAGGUUUUAGUAUUCAGUGAAUUUAUUCACCCUUUGAGAUUCAUAAUGCAGCAGCUGAUGGAUCAGUUAAAGUGGAGGGAAGGCAUAGAAGUGCUGUAUAUGGAUGGAAAAUGUGACGAGAAGAAUCGUCAGUCAUCAAUUAGUUCUCUGAAUGAUGCCUCUAGUAAGGUGAAAGUUCUUUUUGCAUCCACAAAAGCUUGUUCUGAAGGAAUAAAUCUAAUUGGGGCUUCAAGAGUUGUUUUGUUAGAUGUCGUUUGGAAUCCUUCAGUUGAAAGGCAAGCAAUAAGCAGAGCAUAUAGGCUUGGCCAAAAGAAGUUUGUGUAUGUUUAUCAUUUGAUAACUUCUGGGACCUUGGAGGUUGAAAAGUAUGCUCAACAAGCUAACAAAGAUCGCUUGUCUGAGUUGGUAUUUUCUUCUCGAGUUGGGCAAAGUAACAAGUCUAGAAUCUCAUCUGUUUUCGAAGAUAAAAUCUUGGAAGGAAUGCUUGACAACAAAAUGCUGAAUGAUAUCUUUGAGAAUGUUAUUCACCAGCCAAAGGGAUCUAAUGUAUUUGCAAACUUCAAUUAUGUUGAGCACAAGCAUUAGCCAAAAGACCUUUGCUGCUGUAUCUCUCAUUGGUUGUUGAUACUGUAUCCUAUUGUUUGGGAGCUCCAGUGACCUUUCUUCUGGGAAUAACUACGCUGUGCUACAGGCCAAUGGUUCAUCUAGUGAAAACUGAAAAGACAGCUUGGUUUUGCUUACAGCUGUUUUUAUAUGUUGGUUUAACUGUUUAACUUCAGAUUGGUUUCAUGUUUCACCUGCAUCUUCCUGCCCUCUACUCAUGCUUUUUUUUCCCUCUCACUCUUGGAGCACAUUCUAACCGCCAGUGAUCCCAUAAUUCCAUGGUAUGUUCUGCAAUUUACAUUUUUCAUUCAACUAUUUUUCCCUAAAUUUUGGAAUAUUUGAGGAAGGGAUAAAUGAAAUAACAGGGACUUAUGUCCCAAAGGCAAUAUAGGAAGUUGAAGAGAAUCAAUUGCAAAUAUAUAACAACCCCCUAGAAGAUCCAGUGGACGUGGUCAUCCCAGCUUGGCUGCCGAGUCACAUUCACCAGUGGAUCUCUUUGGUUCAGGGUUGCGGGCCGUGGUGGUAGUGACAGUGUGGGCCUCCCACCUCCUCCUUGCCCAUCCUCACCAAUUGCUCCAACAACGUCGUAAUAUUUUAAUUACUUAUGCCAUGUUCUACAUGCAUGCAUACAUGCUUUCCUUGUUUUUUUUAUUGUAAAAUUUUGAAAACAAUCCUGCUUUCUCUAGUUAUAGGGGCAAGCCUUGCUUAGAGGGUUUAGUUCUGCUCUAUUUUAAUAGUUGAAUGGGAAGUUGUAGUAUGAAAAAUUCAAUGCUUUAUGUAUAUAAUUGUAAAUGCAUGAAUUCUGGGGUGUAGAUGAGUUUAAUUAUGCCAUGCAUCUGUUUUAUACAGCUACGUGAGGCUAAGCGAGCUAUGUAUCAGCUAUAGGGUUCCAAUGUGUAUUCGAAUUUGUCUUUUGAUUAUUUUUUUCAGUUGAGACAGAGCUCAAGUAGCUCGAUUAAUGUAUACAGAAAUUUUAAUUUUUUGCUUAUAAACCCAGUUUUCUCUUCGACUUAAAAGCCUAACAAGAUCUAGAUCUUAUGCAGGGUUUACUUUGAUUAGUUGAUGAACCAAUCUAGGAUGAGCUUGAUAGUGGAAGAUUAAGUUGGUUCAUCUUUCACUCUACACUAUACUAUAUUUGAUAUUUCGGAAUUGUUUACUACACCAUACUAUGAUCUUAUUACAGUUCUAUGGACAAAAUUGCAUACAUACUUGUAUAUAUAGGAACAAAAUUAUUCCAUAGUAAUCCUAGUUAGUUUCAUGUUCUAUUUAAAGUUUGCUUUUCAUAAAUCUUGAUGCUGGAUAAGUAUGUUUGUAAGUUAUAAUCACUUCAGAUAGUCAGCCAUGGAUGUUUCUGUAUUUUUCUAUUGGUGAAGUUUUGAAACUUUUUUCACGAGGGAAUGGGUAAGAUUUGAUCCCUGCCAGAUUUUAAUUCCAAAUCCUGAUCCGUAAAGAAUCAUACAGGGGAAGAAUGGCUUAUUAGUAUGGUAUGCAACAUGAUGUAUUAGCACGCUUUUCUUCUCUUUUUCCUUUAUAGCUAUUUAUGGUUGAGUUAUUUUUCUUUGACUUGAUUUACAUUGACUGCUAGAAGAGGGGUACAUGGGUUAGGAUGGAGUAUGUUUUUGAGCUGUCUAUGCAUCAUCAUGAAUGAUUCAUGUACUUUAUUGGAUGUUUGAGCAAUUAUAUAAUAUCAGUAACUUGCAUUAGCUUUGUUAGUUAUAAAAAGACUACUGAACAAGGUGGGAAAUUUUGGGGGACUGGAGCAGCUAUCAGUUCUCAUUCUGCCAUUGUGCCAAAAUAAAAAAAAAAAAAUGGUUCUACAUCAGGAUUUUCAGGUAUUGCUAGCAUUGUUUGUCAGCUUAUCUGCCUAUGUUACACAGUAUAAAGUUCAAGUGAGUUCUGUUUUCUCUCUUAUUAUAUGAUUCCCUAGAGGUGGUUUUAGGAGUAUUUUCCUCUCUCUUAUCAAUGGAAGAGGUAAUUAUCAAUUUGACUAACUCCACUUUAAUUAUACUAUAAAGCCCUGUUGGCGAAGUUUUCUCCUUGUAGAUUGCUAGAUUGCAUUCAUUGUUGCAAUUUGCAAGGACAAUAGUGCAGUUUCUCCUUCCUAAUAAUUUAGUAAUUCUUUUCCCCAGUCAAUCUAUUGUGGAUAUAAAACAGUUGGAUUAUCUUGUUUACCUUUUGUUGAACCUUGUUUGGUCCUCCACACACUUGUUACACUCCUAUGCAUGUAGGAACUAGUUUAUGAUUAUAUCUCCAUUCUUGACAAUCUCAACCAUGAAACACACACCACUCUUUCUCUCUGAGUCACUAGAAUUGAAAAUUUGAGUAUGUGAUCAUGCGCACCAGAUCAGUGGAAGGUAGGCGGAGAUGUCAUGCCUAAUCCCAAAGAAAUCAGUUAAUGCUGUCCAGAGUUAUAAACAAGUCCCCUUGUAUCAUUUCAAUGAUUAUCUCAUCUCCUAGAAGAUUGCAUAGCUUCAAAAUCAUUAACACCAGGCAAACUAAUCCAUCAAAAUCUCCUCAAAAACCCAAACUUUUAACAUGAAAAACAAAUCUUGCAUUACGUUACUGGAUAAGCUCUCUAAACUCUUUAUUACAUGCAGCAAACUCAGAGUUAGCUUAUAAAAUCUUCAACUCAAUCCCAAGCCCAGAAAGGCAAAAGAAAGGAAUUUUAUGGAAUCAACUGAUUAGGUCCUAUGCUUGGGAAGGACCCUUUGAGAAUGCCAUUGAUUUGUACUAUGCGAUGGUGGUUAUUGGAGCCAAACCCACAAAAUUUACGUACCCGUCCUUAAAGCUUGUGCUGCAUUGGAGCAUAUAGAUAAUGGUGUGAAGAUUCAUGAUGAUGUAAAAAGAGAUUGGCUUGCCUCAGAUGUUUAUAUUUCUACUGCUUUGGUUGAUUUUUAUGUUAAAUGUGGGUGUUUGCUUGAGGCGAGGCAGGUGUUUAAUGAAAUGCCUGAGAGAGAUGUUGCAUGGAAUGCAAUGAUUUCAGGGUUCUUGAUUCAUGGAAUGCAUGGGGAUCUGAUUCAUUUUGCUUUGGAAAUGCAAGAAAUGGGAGUAAGUCCUAAUUCUUCAACUCUUGUGACCAUUUUGCUGGUGAUCGGGGAGGUGAAUGAGGUGAUUGCUGGAAAGGCUGUUCAGAGGUUGUCUGUGAGGAGGGGAAUUGAUAGUGAUGUCAUGAUGGGAACAGGGCGUUUGGAUAUGAAUGGAAAAUGUGGGUGGUUAGUUUAUGCAAGGAGGAUAUUUCAUGCAAUGACUUUCAGAAAUGAGGUGACUUGGAGUGCGAUGAUUGGAGAUUGUAUUGCUUGUGAUUGCACUCAAGAAAGCUUGGAAUUGUUUGAGCAAAUGAGGGUGGAGGAUGUUGGAAGCCUUCCACCUGUUACACUUGCAACUGUUUUCCAAGGUCGGCUAACUUGAUUGAUCUGAAGGGAGGAAAACAGAUACAUGGUUACACUGUUAAGUUAGGGUCCAAUUUGGUUUUGAUGGUUGCUAAUAUGCUUCUUUCAAUGUAUGCAAAAUGUGGUAUUCCAGAUGAUGCGACAAAGUUCUUUGAGGAAAUGAGUUUCAAGGACUCUGUUUCUUACAGUGCUCUUAUCUCUGGAUGUAUUCAAAAUGGAAGUGCAGAGGAAAAAGCACUAUAUGGUUGGUUAGGAGAUUUUCAUUAGCUUGGUUAGGAGAGAAUACACCACUAUAUGGUUGGAGUGGCAGAGGAAAAAGCAGUGAAAGAGGAAGCGGACCGAGAAGAAAGUGAUUUGCUUGGCCAGCUGUUGGACUAUCAUUUUUUAUAAUAUUGAUGCAGCCGUUUACAAAACUUUGUGAACUUUUGGUUGGAAUUUUUUUUUUGGGGAUUACCUUGACUAUUGAAGAAUCUAAGUCAGCCGUCUAGACUUGUAGUCCGUUAUCGGGCUGGAACAAGGUUACACUUUGUAUUGUGACAAUUGCUCUAUAAAUGUGGAUAUUUGACU